AUGUCAUGGGCCGUUGCCGAACUACCACAAAUUAAGAGGAACCAGUUUGAUGCAAUAGCAAUAAAGGACAUUUCCCUGACUCAGACAAAAUUCAACGUUAUUGGGAUCAUUAUUAGCAAGCUGCCGUUGAGGAAAUUCGUAAAGAAUGAGGAUGGCAAGAAGCACUCACAAGCAGUGCUAACGUUUACAGUACGAGAUAGUCUUUACGACUGGAUAAAUGGAAGUUUCUGGGGAACGUUUGCAAAUGUACAGUGUUUUACCAGUUUUAUGUCAUCUCAAGGUGACUGCGUUAUGGUUGUUGGGGCUCGCGCCAAGAGCAAGGUUGAAGGAUCAUAUGAGGAUCAGUUUAUGAUCAAGACACCAACUGAAUACCACCUGACCUUGAGUGAUUCUGGUGGGAACGUAACUCAUUUUGAUUUUCCUGACAAAGUCUAUACUGCACGCCUAAAGUCUGCCCUGACGGUACCAUUCAGUCAGCAUCUGAAACUGCAUCAAGUGAUUCAGUGUGCUCAUUCACGUGUGGUUACGCGGAACGUGUUUAAUUCUGAACAUAUUUGGAAUCAAGAUCUACUGCCGAAGAAUAUGUUCACGUUUCUCGCUGCCGUGGCUGAGAUAGGCCAGCCAAAAGCCAUCAUCCUCAACAGAAGGCGCCCAACUUUUUCUGAUUCAUACGAACAGCAGCAAUCAGAAAAUGUUGCCGAAAUGGCCCAGCGUUGCGAACUGAUCAUUUUUGAUGAAACUUGUGCUCGUCUACCUCUGAUUCUGUGGAAUGAAGAAUGGAUACACACGGCCUUGUCAGCGUUUAUUCCAAACGUUACUAUUUUAUCAAUCGUUGACUGUCCAGUCCGGUACGACGAUUACCGCCGUGGAGUUGUGGCUGCGCCGAACUCGAGAACGUUGAUCAUUGUAUCUCCUGAAUGCCCGGAGGCCAACCGCUUGAGCCAAUAUGCAAAGCACAUUGGUAGCAGAACUGUCUCCGCGAUGGAUGUGAGUGAUGUUCAGAGCGCAACUUCACAGCCCCGCUUUACUCAACCAAUGCCCAGUCUAACGAAAUGCCCACCAGCUGAGAUUUACUCAGUUCCGCUGACAAGCAUCCAUAAUAUCGUGACAGUCCGUGAGUUGAAGGCUGGAAGAAUCACAGCUGGGUAUGGCAUCGUGUUUGCACUGAUCACGAAGAUUGACUUAGAUCGGACAGAUAUGAACAACUUGGUUACUUUGCAAUGUCCCAAUUGUCAGCGUAGGAUGCUUCCAUGUGAUCCUCCUGCGGACAUCGGGAUUUCGGCCCCAGGCAAGCCAGUCCAAGUAGAGGGCAUGGAUCUUUAUGCAAUGUGUACUACUCUUGAUUGCCCUCUGACUAACCAACGGUUUUGCUGGUCGGACUCACAACACGUAACAUUGGACUUUGGUACCAUGAUUAAUCUCUCCGACCACACAGGCACUUACUUUCGAACCCUUCUGGGAGGAGAGGCGAUGCGGAAACUGGUUGGUUGCACACCACCGCAGUUUAUUCGGCUUACAUAUAGAGAAAGAGCCCGUCUGAAGUGGAAUAUAUGCCUUCAUCGGUAUAAGACCAACAACCAAAGAAAGGACAAACAAUGGUGA